AUGAGUCUCCUUACAAGAUGGAGCGCUUCACGCCCAUUUGAAGCAACCCAAAGAGCCGUGCAACUUUCCGGUAACCCAUUUCUCUACGGACAAGCGCGCAAUGGAUCGCUCUCUGCGAUACAUCGUGGCAUUUGGCGUUCCGACAAACCACGCAACGAUCGCACCGACCGCAACUCCAGGCCUGCAUCCAGGCCGCGAUUGACAGAAUCUAAAGGCCGCAGCAGAUCAAGAGAUGCUGCCAAAUCCAAGCCCGAUGCUUUCAGCGAACGAUUCUCCAGCGCCAUUGGUAGCCGUCGCGAUGGCCCGCGAGACCGCGAACAGCGCCAUUUUAAGCCCAAGAAGGCCUUCCAGAAGAUGCAAGAGAGGAUAAAAGAGCAGGAAGAAGAAGGAGGAAGGAAAUCCCGAAGCAAGCGAUUCAACAACCCCGAGUUCUCCUUCGGCAAGAAGAGCUUGGUCUACCAACUCAACCGCGGUGAGUUGAGGGAUAAGGUCGGCAAGCUGCUGGAGAAGAAUGGCGCAAAAGAGGAGGAGUCCUCGAAGCCAACUGCACAGCGUGAUAGUGGAAAUGACUGGUUUCAAGUUGGUCGACAAGAUCGUCAAGACGGCCGCCAGCGCGACCAAUACCAGGAUCGCCGCCCCGAUCGCCAGCGUGAACAGUUUUCAGACCGCCGUCCGGACCGCCGUGACAAUCAAUCAGGAGCGAGACCAGGUUUUGCGCGAGAGCGUAUGGAUUCCAUGCGGGAGGGUGCCCGCAGAGAACUCGAGGCCGCCCCUCCUCGACGGUUUGGAUCAAGACAGCCGGACCAUGAAGCAUCUUCUGAACCAUCAGAAUUCCGUGGCUUGGUUCAGUACACAACAGCUGCAUCGCAGUUCCUCUUCGGUCGCUCGGUCGUCAAGGCAGCACUGAAGAAUUCGCAACGCAAGCUCUAUCAUCUCUACCUUUACCAAGGGAGCAACAAGAAGGAAAGCAUGGACGAUAGAUGGAUCUUGUCCAUGGCGGAAAAGAAGAAGGUCAAGAUCACCAAGCUUUACGAGAAUGACCAGCAACUGCUCGAUAAAAUGAGCAAGGGUCGACCACACAACGGUAUCGUGAUGGAGACAUCACCACUGCCUCAGUUGCCGAUCACAGGUCUGGGCGCAGAACAUAGCGAGCCCCAAGGCUACCCCGUCUUCGUAGGACGACAGUCUAAGGAAGACGUCGCGAUCAACGGAACCGAGGGCUUCAUUCCUUCCAGGCCCGGUACGGCUCGGCCGCUUGUGCUCCUUCUGACCGAGAUUCUGGACCCCGGCAACCUCGGUGCCAUUCUUCGGACAGCCCGGUUCCUCGGCGUCUCCGCGGUUGCUAUUACGAAGAGAACAUCAUCGUCGAUCACGUCUACUGUACUGAAGGCUUCGGCAGGUGCUUCUGAGGAGAUGCAGUUGUUCUCCGUGGAGGAUCCGGGAGCUUUUCUUCACGCGAGCGCAGCCGCAGGAUGGACCUCGUAUGCCGCAGUCGCACCGACAGCUGGGUUGCGUAGAGACAACCGCCAGUGGACACCGGAAAGCAUUGAGGAGAAGAAGCCUCUUCUAACGCAGCCAUCCAUUCUCGUUCUUGGCAACGAAGGCACAGGCCUCCCGUACGAUAUCAGGAAGAAAGCCACCCACGAGAUUACGAUCCCGCGAGUGGCGAUGUCAAGCUCGGUGGACAGCUUGAACGUCAGCGUAGCCACGGCCUUGCUCUGCAACUCAUUCCUGAGAGGCACUGCAGAGCCUAGCAGUCUCACAGAGAGGCUGCAGAAAGAAUCUCACAAGGCAGAUGCAGGCGAAAGCAUGUUUUAG